AUGAGGAAGCUGAACGGGAGCGAGCCGCUGGGCAUGCCGCUGCCGCUGCCGGUGCUGGUGCUGGUGCUUGUGGCGGAGGCGGAGGCGGAUGUAGCUGAGGCUGAGAUGGAGGACAUGCUGGACAUGCUGGGGUCGUCUUGGGUCGUGGCUCUGGGAGCUGGGCGUGAUCACGCGUCGGGGCGAGGCUGCGGAUGGGCGAACACGAACAUGGGAGGGCAAGGGAGGAGAGGAGGGAAUACACAGGCGACAUCAACAUCCAUGCAGAGCACUGCACUGUGGCUCUUCAUUCUCGCGAUCAGCGAUCUCUGGAUGCGUGCACACCGCCAUAUUCCAAUUCGGCGUCCGCCGGUGCGAUCCAUUUCAUAA